AUGGUCGGCACUCCUGCAACCCAACAUCCCAAUGGAGCCCGCCUGCUUGCCCUCGAUGGUGGCGGCGUCCGUGGUGUCUUAUCCCUCGUCAUUUUGCGGGAGAUUAUGCGCCGGAUCCAGGAGAGAAAAGCGCUGCCUGAUGAGCCACGCCCUGUGGACUACUUUGAGCUCGCUGCGGGAACGAGCACUGGGGGCAUCAUCGGCAUCAUGCUCUUUCGACUGCGCAUGACGGCUACCGAGGCUAUCCGACAGUACGAUGUCAUAGCCGAGGACGUUUUCAAGCCCAAGAUCCAUGGCUGGCGUAUUGACUGGCUCGGAGAUACAAUCUCAUCCUGGGUAAACAACAGCAAGAUGCUUGUCCAGUAUACUCGAUUUGACGACGCAUCCUUGAUAAAGGCCAUCAACCAGGUUGUAGGAGAACACGGCUUGGACAAAAUCGACAAAAAGUUGAAAGGAGAGGCCCUUCUUCAACACCCGGCAGCUGGCAAGAUGCUUGUGUGCACAACAGCCCAAGACAGAGCUGAAACGGUUCUGAUGAAGACGUACAAGGACAACAAUAACUAUGUUUCUUCUGUAGCCAACAACAUCAUGAGAGACAACAGGGACGGAAUCACAAUGAGUUAUGCGACGAGGGCCACCUCCGCGGCCCCGACGUACUUCCCCGAAGUCAAGUGGCCCACGGCAGAGACGAGGUCACUCACCUUUUGGGACGGAGGACUCCUGAACAACAAUCCCAUCGACCAGCUGUGGUAUGCCAGAUACGACCUCGUCCAGCCGGGUGAGCCCGAGCCCAAGGUUUCCUGCGUCAUUAGUCUCGGUACGGGGUACACCAAGUUCGACUCUCCGUCCGACUCCUGGUUCCGGCUUCCAGCGAUCGCGACAACGGUCAUGGCCUUUGCCACCAACACCAAUGCCAAGGGUAAAGACUUUUCGAGGCAUAUGACAACGCUCAACAAGAGGGCGGAGCAUGCUAAUACGAGGUACAUCCGGUUCAACCCGUCCCUCAAAGAGCACAAUAUUGGUCUUGCGGAUUACAAGCAGAUGGAGUUGCUGAAGAAGCUUGCUAUGGACCACAUUGAGGAUCCCUCAUCGGAUGUAUGGUUUGAAAAAGCGGUUGACGCUAUUUGCUGCUAG